AUGCCAACAGCCAACUUGGAGCAAAGCACAAGACACAACAGUGACAACGACUCACUCGGCAAUCUUCUUCGCCCCAAUAUCUCCAUUCUGUCUUACCAACGCCCGAAUAUCCGCUUGGAUCGGGAACCUCAACCUCAUCGCCCCAUUACCCCUCCCAGCUCACACGACUCGUUGAGCCUACCACCGCCAAGUGUGACAGGACAACCACAGACAACUGUGGGCGUUGUUGCACAAGGAAAGCCAUCGCGGUCGCGGAAUUUGACCGAGAUCUUGGACGAGGUUGUCGAGGCGUCUUCCCGGCAAGACACAGCACGUUUGGUUGAUCUGGAUCUAAUAGCGGAAGCGCUCGCAGGACAGGGGUUGCACGCAGCCAGCCAAUCACCACUGCCGGCCCGGGCCAGGUACAUCGGCGACCAAGUCCCGGAUACUCGACGGGCGCUUACACCUCAGCAACCCAUCCUGGACCGUUGUGCCGUUCAAGGGACUCGACCCAGGGUCCUUGGGCGAAUCACGGCCGCCAUCCGGCCUCGCAGCUCCAACCACCGGGCUCUCCAGUUCGCGGCCAAGCACCGCGCUGUUCACGUAGCAGAUACUUGGGCUUCCCGCCGACGUGUAUGUAUCUUCCUCGACCGUCCAUCUAUUUGCCAGCGCCUCCAGACUAAAGCACGUCUCAGCACACACGCGCCAGAGCAGCUAUCGCUGACGGGCACGUCUGUCCCAUCCUCGAAUCCCACUUGCCCAUCUGCCGCUCUCGCGACCAAUCCCGCGCUCUCCCACGCCAUUUUGCCCCAAAAACGAAGGCAUCUCUUGUCCAGAGUCUUUCUUUUACGUCUUCUUUUGGCCCCCCCGAGUCAGCAAGUCGAGGUCCUGAUCGGGACUCGUCCUAUACCAAUCCACUACGGGGAGCUCGUCCGUUGGUCGCCCGGCUAUAGCACGCGCCGGCCACCCACUCCAAGCCAGUCCUACAUACGGGACUUCCUGCCGCCCAGCACGCCGGCCUCUGCUAAGCCUUCACACCCCUGGACGCACACCCAUCCGCUUGGAUCAGGUCACAUUGAUUCUAGCGUUUCUAGCGGGGGGCACCUAUUAGCCCAAGCUUUCCCGUUUGGCGCCCUCGUCUCAGCGUCUGCUGCUCCCGGGUUCCCACCCCCCUCGCGCGCGUGA